AUGCAGGCCUACGAGAUUAUGAACAGGUGGCCUGGAAACCUAAGCUGCUGGAGGAAACAGGUUGCUGCUGCAGAUUUAAUGCCUGCGGGUAGGGCCUGCCCACAUGGCUAUAAAUGGGUACCUUCCUCCAGGUCUCUGGAAAGGCAGGACCUCUCCCAGACUGUGGCUAGGAGGAGUUUGGGAUGCUUACAGAUUCUGUGUUCUAAUUUUGCCCAAGACCUUUGGCCAGAGCAGGACAUAACAGAUUCUUUUCAAGAAGUGCUACUGAAAAAAUAUGGAAAAUGUGGACCUGAGAAUUUACAGUUAAGAAAAGGGUGUAAAAGUGUGGAUGAGUGUAAGGUGCGCAAAGGAGAUUAUAACAAACUAAACCAGCGUUUGACAACUACCCGGAGUAACAUAUUUCAGUGUGAGCCAUAUGUGAAAGUCUUUCGGAAAUUUUCAAAUUCAAACAGACUUAAGAUAAGACAUACUGGAAAGAAAUCUUUCAAAUGUAAAAAAUGUGAAAAAUCAUUUUGUAUGCUCUUACACCUAACCCAACAUAAAAUAAAUCAUAUUACAGAGAAUUCCUACCAAUGUAAAGAUUGUGGCAAAGCCUUCAACUGGUUCUCAACCCUUACUACACACAGGAGAAUCCAUACUGGAGAGAAACCCUACAAAUGUGAAGAAUGUGGGAAAGCAUUUAACCGGUCCUCACACCUUACUACACAUAAGAUAAUUCAUACUGGAGAGAAACCCUACAAAUGUGAA